AUGCCUUUACUUUACGAAAACGAAAACGAAGUGGUGAGCAGUAAAAACAAGGUAUUACAAAUUUUCCAAGUCGAUGUUUACACAAAUGGAAAAAUCAUUGAAAUGUUCUUUGACAGUUUUGUUAUAAACGAGAGAUUGUCAAACGAUCUCUCCAAGACAAAACGACUCAAUUAA